AUGUCUGAAAAGCUCGAUAGUGUUACUCAUAGGGUCUGGGAGGAACAUAGAAAUACUCUCACUGAUCCACCAUCUUUAAAUACAUUUCUUACCUUUCUUAGCAACAGAGCAGAUUUAUUGGAGACAUUGCAAGAAAAUAAAGCGCUGGUGAAGGCGGUGGACAGCCAAGGCGCCGUCCACGCCGCCCGGAUGCUCCUUGACAACGGGUCAACGGCCAACUUUAUAACACAAUCGCUCUGCGGUAAGCUGGGAUUGUCACGACGAAGUGCGAGUUCCACGGUGACAGGUAUAAACAAUAAUACUUCUCAUAUUACACAGUCUUGCAGCCUUACCUUUGAGUCCUACCAUAGCGACUAUAGACUUACUGUUGACUGUCUUAUAUUACCAAAAAUCACCAACGCUUUACCGUCUUCCUUCAUACAUAUUGAAAAUAUUCCUCUUCCUACGGGAAUAAGUCUAGCUGACCCUACAUUCAAUGAACCGUCAGUCGUAGACAUCUUAGUUGGGGCCGAAGUAUUUUGGUCUGUCUUAUUAAAUAAUCGUGUUGAUUUAGGUAAAAAUCAGCCAACAUUACAUGAAACAAAACUGGGUUGGUUGGUGACAGGGAACGUUUCCCGUCUUAAGUCACCCUCUUCUCCUAUCUGCAAUCUUGCAAAUGAGGAACCCAAUCCAGACUUAACUCGUUUCUGGGAACUUGAUACUGUUUCAGCCAAGCACUCCUUAUCUCCUGAAGAACGAGCCUGCGAACAGAGCUUCGUUGACAACACUACACGCAAAGAGGAUGGCACCUUUGUCGUCACAAUGCCGCUGAAGGAGGACCCUUCAGUCUUGGGCGAUUCUUAUCAAAUGGCAAAGUGCCGCUUUUUGUCCUUGGAGCGUAAGUUUCAUCGAGAACCUGCCUUUAAAGAUAGGUACAUGGAGUUCAUGCAAGAGUAUGAGCGCCUUGGUCACAUGACUGAAAACAAAGAGUCUGCACCUAGCUGUCUUCAACAGGUCAACUACUUCUUACCUCACCACGGCGUAAUCCGUGAGUCGAGUCUUACUACAAAGUUACGUACAGUUUUCGAUGCCUCGGCCUCCACCACCUCAGGUGUGUCUCUCAACGACAUUCAGAUGGUCGGUCCUACUGUACAAGAGGAUCUUUAUUCCAUUUUGCUACGUUUUCGACAGCAUAAGUACGUCGUGACUGGAGACGUAGAAAAAAUGUAUAGGGCGAUUGAUAAAGCCCAUGACGAUUGCUCGUCUCGAGCUUUCCGGAGCUUUGUUAGCUGCAAGGCUGUGUGA